AGCUGGCGCGGUCAGAAGUGUGCGAGGUUUUUUAGCUCAGGUUUGUUUUGUCCUGUCGUUCUGGACGUUUCUCUCAUGCCCUCCCAGCAGAUGAGUGGACACUAGAGUAGUCACUUCUGACCUGUUCGCCGCAUGUUUGCACCAUGAACGAGUACGAGCUGAUCCGCCAGAUCGGACACGGCGCGUUCGGCAAAGCUCUUCUGGUCAAAGAGAGGAACGGGAACGGGCGGCCGUGCGUCAUUAAGCAGAUCAGCUGGAGCCGGAUGUCUCCACGAGAAAGAGAGGCAUCUAAAAAGGAAGUGACUCUCCUGUCCAAAAUGAAGCAUCCAAACAUUGUUGCUUUCUUCCGGUCAUUUAACGAGAGGAAUAAUCUCUACAUUGUGAUGGAGUACUGUGAUGGUGGAGAUCUAAUGAAGAAAAUCACCAUGCAAAGAGGGCAGCCAUUCCCAGAGGACCAGAUAGUGGACUGGUUUGUUCAGAUCUGCCUGGGACUGAAACACAUCCAUGACAGGAAGGUCCUGCACAGAGACAUCAAGGCUCAGAAUAUCUUCCUCACUCAAGGAGGCGCCAAAGCGAAGCUGGGAGACUUUGGCAUCGCCAGAAUGUUAAACAACACAGUGGAGCUGGCGAGAACCUGCGUUGGGACGCCGUACUACCUUUCUCCGGAAAUCUGCGAGAACAGGCCGUAUAACAACAAAACGGAUGUCUGGUCUCUUGGCUGUGUCCUCUAUGAGCUCUGCGCACUCAGACAUCCGAUUAUGUUUGUGUGGCAGUUUGAAGGCAGCAGUCUGAAGCAGCUGAUAGUGAAGAUCUGCAGGGGGAGCUACACACCGGUAUCACAGCGCUACAGCGCUGAGCUCAGGCUGAUGCUGACACAGCUGUUUAAGGUCAGCCCCCGGGACCGCCCCUCCAUCAACUCGCUCCUCAAACGCCAACUACUGCACACUCACAUCAGCAAACACCUGGACCCACAGCUGAUGGAGGAGGAGUUUAGUCACACAGUUCUGCACAGAGUCAAGCCUGCAGCACAGCCCGGCCCCAAACACACCGCAGUCCCUCCGAAGCCUGGUCCAGUAGUAAAACACGGACCUCCAGUGAGGAAGCUGCCACCCAGACCAGAAUGGAAGCACGUUGUAGCCAAACCUUCCAGCCGUCUGUAUAAGCCAGUAAAAGGCCAUGCAGCAGUGGUGGAGGUGGGAAAGGCCCGGGCAGCGAACCCACCGGGUCAGUUUGAGCCUAAACGGAAUAUUCGCCCGCAGCUCUACAUGCACUACCAUGCUCAGCUGGAUCAGCUGCAGCACCGCCCACCUCUUCACCCUCCUCUUCCUCUAGCAACACAGGAGCCCACAGAGUCCAAGAACAUAGCUGGCAGCUGGCCUGACAGGCCAAAUGCUUUGGAGCCACAUCAGCUUGUGGCCGCAGCAAGGGAGGAAUACCUGCAGAGGAGACUAGAAGCCAAUCAGUACAAACUGAGAGCAGAAAAACAGCUGGGUCUGAGGCCAAGUACAGCAGAUGCCGAAAGGUACAGAUGCUUUGGUCAGCCAGAACAACAGGAGGAGAAAGCCACUCCACCUCAGCAUGUCCCACAAGACAAAAUACAUGGACAACAGGAAUAUCUGAAGCAGCUGCAGCGAAUCAGGCAGCGUUAUCAGGAUGAGAUCAGAGAGAUGAGACGAAAAGCUGACGCUGAGAUCCAGGCCAAACCAGGAGGAACAUACUUGGUGGAGAAACCUGAGGAGAAACAUCCACCUGCAUCCCGAGAGCAGCAGAAGCCUGUGGACGUGGAGAAAGCUCUGAGGGAGAUUCUCGAAGAGAACCAGAGAGAGAGGAGAGAGCUGCAGAAGAAACACCAGGAUAAGAAGGGAAUCAUGUUCGAGGUCAAACUGCAGGAUGAGGAGAUGGAGGGAAAUGGAGAAAAAGGACAACAGAAAACUGAUGAAGAAAAACUGGAAGAGGAGGACCUGCUGAAUCAAACACUGAGGUUUGAUGCAGGACCAGAGCUUCAACUGUGGAACAGGCCUGCGAGGGACAGCGAGGUCAGUGUGAAGGCCAAGACUGAGGAAAGCGUGGAGGAAGGAGUGAAUGAGAGAGGAAGAGGAGGAGGAGGAGGAGAUGGGUGUGUGAAAAGACGAGCGUGGAGACAGGAGGCUCCUCAGACUCUGCUGAACGCUCUGGCCCACAUGGAGGUGUCAUCGCUCUGCUCUAUCGCAUCACAACCAGGCGUGGCUGCUCAGGAGGACGAGAAGGAACCAUGUUCAGAGAGGCGGAAACAGUGGAGGAACCUCCCGCCGGAUACACUCCUUAAUGCGCUGGCUGAGGCCCAGAUCACCUGCUCCACACUGGGAAUGACCACGUCAUGUGACAAAGGCACUACGAAGGAGAAACAGGAGGAAGAAGAGGAAGAGGAGGUUGCUGAAGGUGGAAAAAUAAAUGCUGAAGACAAUGACGAUGAUGGCUCUGAUGUGGAGGUGGACGAGGAGCGCCUAGAGCCCAGAUCAGACGACGAUGACACGAACUUUGAGGAGUCGGAGGACGAGCUGAGAGAGGAGGUUGCGGACUCCAUGAGGAAUCUCUUCACGGAGGAGGACGACGAAGGGCAGAGUGCUGUGGAUGGAGCACCUGGUGUGAAGCUGGAAGAGGAGGCAGAGGAGAGCAGUGAUAAAGUGGGUGCACAUUCCUCUGAACAAGGAGGUCUGGAAAAGGAAUCAGAGCUCCAGGCUGGGCAGGUUGAGCCAGCACUGAACCUUAACCCAGAGAAGGACCAGCUUGUGGGGACGUCACAGUAGAGGCGCAGUUAUCUUGCGUUCACAAGGACCUUCGGUUUCCACCAAUAACGUCACUCGUCAUUGGUUACAGAGGAAACGAUGUGGUGAUGGACAACAGACCAGCAGAAUUAUGUUGUCCAUUUGAAAAGUUGGACCGAACUGAACUUUUUGAAGUGUACUCUGAGGUAUACAUCUGACAGCCAGUAGGGAGAUGGUGUGGGCCGGGGUUUCAGUCCCUCACGUCGACGUUGUAUGAAAUGUAGAAGAAACUAAUUUCUGCUGUGAACUUGCAUCAGUUUAUUUCUAUAGCACUGUUGACAACAGGCAUUGUCAGAAAGCAGCUUCACAGGAAUCCUGAUCAAAGCCCCAAACGAGUAAAAACAAGGGCGACUGAGGCAAGAGAGAACUCCCCAAGAGCAAGAGACCAGGACCCAAAAAGGGCCUACACACACACACACACACUCAUUGUCCAGUUUAUCAGCUGCACUUUGUAGUUCUACAAUUACAAACUGUAGUCCGUCUGUU